CCCCACGACGCUUUAUCCGAAAUGCUCAUCAACAAGACCUUUCACGAUGUUCCAUCGCCUUUGGAUGGCGGACGGCCUAUCCGAAUCUUCGUUAUUGCGCCUGUGACUCCGGAUUACCCUCAAGCCCGAUUUCCUGGUGUCGUCGUUUUCAGCGAAAUUUAUCAAGUGACCGGCCCCGUCGAGAGGUUUGCGGGCGCAAUCGCCAGCCAGGGCUAUGUUGUCGCGUGUCCUUCGACUUAUCACGAGUUUGAGAGCCCAGAUCCUAUUCCAUACGAUGUCGAAGGUCAGUCCUCCCUGAUAUUCGGUCGAGUGUUGACCCAACUCGACCCACAAGGCACGGAUCGAGGCAACAAGUACAAGAUCGAAAAGACGGUUGCGGCAUACGAUGAGGAUGCCACCCAGGCGAUUGAUCUACUUGUCUCACUCUCGAACUGCAACGGACGUAUAGCAGGCCACUACGGGCAUGUGCCUAGGCGGUCACCUCGUAUGAUUUUGCUUGUGAUCUUACACUUCCUUGAGCCAACUUGGUUGCAGGCAUUCAGGGCUGCCUUCGACCCGCGCGUUCUGUCGACCGUAUGCUUCUUUGCAACGGACAUCCACAGCGCGUCGCUCGGCAAGGGAGGGGACAACACUCUCGUUCGCGUCCAAAACGGCGAUCUUGCCGGUAAAGGUGAACUUGUGAUGAUUUUUGGCAAGCAGGAUACCCACGUUCCCCGAGUUGGUCGCGAUCUCAUCCGCAAGACUCUUGAAGAUGGAAACAUCCCAGUCUCGUUCCUCGAAGUCCAAGCUCAGCAUGCCUUUAUCAGAGAUGAACACUCAAAGGGCCGAUGGGAUGCGGCACUAACACGCUCCCUUUUCUCGUAUAUGAUGGAGGUGUUUGAGCGUACUGUUGGCAGAGACUUGGGUCCCAAAGUACAGACAAACACUACACCAGAGCAUGUCUGCUGA